AUGUGACCGUGAGUUGUUCCUGCUACACGGUAGUGAUUAAUAAUCAGACAUACUGCUGUAUCAUGUCGGUCCGUGCGCACUAAUAUAUAUCCCGAUGUAAAAUAUGGGUCGUGUACGUAUUUGUAAAUCGGCACUUUUUCGCCAUAUGUGUACCACUGUUAUUUGUGCGUUGAUAUUGCUUAAGUGUGUCCGUUCAGCUGCAGCAGCAGCACCGGAUGACAGCCCAUGGUUCCAGGAUCUGUGCAGUUACAAAUGGGAGGCCAUUGACCAGGACAGCAAUGUGAGUUACACACUGAAGCUUUGUGAAUCUUCACCAGAUACAGACUGUGGAAAAGACACAGCUGUUUGUGCUCGAAACCAACAGAGUGGCCAGAAAGAGUCCGUAGGUGAGCUCUCCUUACAGAAGGUCUCGCCCGCCGUCCUCGAUUUCAACAGCAUGAAGAAAUGCGACGUCAAGAGCAGUCCCGUUCAGAGCAGCAUCACUUUUCAAUGCGGCAAAACCAUGGGCACGCCAGAGUUUGUGACCGUUUCAGAGUGUGUGCAUUACUUUGAAUGGAGGACGUAUGUCGCCUGCAGAAAAGACAAAUUCAAACCACAUAAAGAGGUCCCCUGUUACGUCUUUGAUUCUGAUGGGAAGAAACACGACCUCAAUCCUCUCAUUAAACUCAAGGACGGUUAUCUGGUCGACGACCCCGACGAUGACGUAGAUUUCUACAUUAAUAUAUGCAGAAGUCUAAACCGAGAUGGAAGCCGAUGUCCUGAAGGCUCCGCCGCCUGUCACACCUCCAGCAAAGGAUCUUUUGACAUGGGUCAGCCGGUCCAACAGCUGGAGCUGCUCUCCAAUGACAAACUGAGAUUGCGGUACGAGGGUGUCAAAGACAUCCCAGACUUCUGUGAGGGCCACAGUCCGGCAGUGACUAUAACACUCAUUUGUCCCUCUACAAGGCAAGCGGGAAAUAACCCUAAGAUGAUAAGCAACUCAAACUGUCGGUAUGAGAUCGAGUGGGUGACCGAGUACGCCUGCCACAGAGAUUACCUGGAGAGUCACGACUGCAAACUGACCAGCGCUCAGCACGACAUCGCCAUCGACCUCACUCACCUGACACAAACCUCUACAGAUCAACCCUAUGUGGCCAAGGCCAAGAGUGGCAAGGACUCGUACUUCUUCUAUCUGAACGUGUGUGGAGAGACCAUAGCUGGUGACUGUAAUACUGAGGGUUACGUGUCGUCCUGUCAGGUCAAAGAAUCUGGCGACGUGAAGAAGAUCGCUGGGAGAUACCAGAACCAAACGCUGAGGUAUUCAGAUGGAGACCUCACGCUAAUCUAUCCGGACGGCAGCAUAUGCAGCACUGGAUUUCAGCGAAUGACCAUCAUAAACUUUGAGUGCAAUCCAGAAGCUGGGAACGGCCAGCCGGAAUUCACGGGAGAGUCAGACUGCACGUAUUAUUUUGACUGGCAGACAGCGUACGCGUGUGUUAAGGAGAAGGAAGACCUACUUUGUCGAGUCACAGACCAUAAGAAGCGCUACGACCUCUCGUCUCUAACACGCUUCCCAGAAUCGAGUGGAUCUCAUAACUGGGAGGCUGUUGAAGCAGAAAAGUCUGAUAAAAAGAGAUUUUACAUCAACGUUUGCCAUAAAAUUAUAUUGGACGAGGCGACAAACUCAUGCCCUGAGGAUGCAGCAAUAUGUGCAGUAGGAAAUGGAAAACAUGUGAGUUUGGGAAAAUUUCUCGCUUCUCCCCAAAAAGCACCUGAAGGUGACGAUGUUCGCCUCAUAUACACAGACGGAGACGUGUGCAGACAGAACAUGAAAAUUAAAACCAUCAUCACUCUGAAGUGUAAGCCGGGAUAUCUGGAGAGCGCUCCCAUCUUGAGAGACGUGUCCAGUGACAGAUGCACCUAUGAGUUUGAGUGGUUCACCGCCUCGGCCUGUGUCCUCUCUCAAACACAAGGAGAUGACUGCAGAGUGGAAGACCCCCAAGCAGGACUUUUGUUUGAUUUGUCGCCCCUGCGGAAACCGAGCGAAAGCUAUUACAACAUGUCCAGCGGAAAGUAUGAUUACUUGAUCAACGUCUGUGGCGCCGUGAAGGCUGCCAAGUGUCCUGAAACCGCCGGAGCUUGUCAGGUGGACCAGAGUGGGCUGAGCUCCUGGAAUCUCGGUCAGUUUAACUCCAAACUUUCGUACUAUGACGGACGGAUCCAGCUGACCUACACAAAUGGCUCUCAGUACAACAACCCGCAGCAAACGCAGCGUUCCACACUCAUCUCUUUCCUCUGUGACAGAGGGGCCGGCCCGGGCAAACCCGAGUUUCAGGAUGAAGACAAUAUGACAUACAGCUUCAAGUGGUACACAUCCUACGCCUGUCCGGAAAGACCGCACGAGUGUGUUGUGACGGAUCCAAACACACUACAGCAGUAUGACCUGUCCAGUUUGUCUGUAUCUAAUGGCGGCAGGAACUGGCAGGUCUUGGACACCUCUGAACCCAGCGUGCUGAAGAAAUACUACAUCAACGUCUGCCGGCCGCUCAAAGCCGUACCCGGCUGCGACAGGGCAGCUUCCGUCUGCAGGAUGAAAUUCGAGACUGAAAAGGAAGGCCUGUCUGAGAAGGUGGAGGUCAGUAAUUUUGGUGUUGCCAAUCAAGGGCUGGUGAUUGUGGAAGAGAACCAGCUGAUGUUGACUUACACGAACGGCUCUGCAUGUGUGGCGGGUGACGGCGUGAUGAGCACUUAUACCACACGCAUACACUUUCUCUGCUCGAAAGGGACAACGCGAUCCGGCCUGCGAUUUGAAGGGAAACAGAAAUGCCUUGUUGAUUUUGUUUGGGAGACCGAAGCAGCCUGUGCCAUCUCAACGGUUGUGGAAACCAACAAGACCUGCUCAGUGAAAGAUCCCAACACUGGUUUUGAAUUCAACCUUCAGUCCCUGGCCUUCAAAGAAGGAUACACCGUCACAGCAGAUGGAAAAGACUUUGUAGUGAACAUCUGUAACGCUGUGGAUAAGUGUGGAAGUGCUGAUGGGAAACCUGUGGCCGGAUGUGAGAUGGAGGAAGGGAAACCUGUGAGUCAGGUCGGGGUUGAACAAUCUCUUCAGUUCUCCACCGAUGGCUCUCUCACUCUCACGUACAAAGGGGUUUUGGACAAACAAACAGGCACUGAAAACACCUUCAUCAUUAAUUUUGUGUGUGACCAAAAUGCUGCUACAGCAUCUCUGCGGUUUAUUCACGAAGAGCUGAGCACAAGCACAGGCACAAGCACAAGCACAAGCACACAUGUGACGCACAACGUCUUCUUUGAGAUGUCCACCGCUCUGGCAUGUGAGCCCGCCCCUGUGGAUUGCCAAGUCAUAGAUUCACAAGGUAGAGAGUAUGACCUAGGUGACCUCAGUCUGGAUGGCAAGUUUUAUGUUCCUCUGGACACCUCAGAUCAAGCAAAGUCUCAAAAGUUUUAUAUCAACGUGUGCAGACCGCUGCCUCGCAUUCUGGGCUGCGCUGCUGCUGCGAUAGGAGCGUGUGGUCAGAUCAACGGCACAGGGAGGAAUCUGGGAUACGUGCAGUCGAGCCUGCAGGUGACUGAGGACGGCUCCAUCAGCAUCGUGUAUCAGAACGGCGACAAGUGCAGCUCGGGCCGCUACUCCACCCGAAUCAUCUUCCAGUGUGACGACAGUCCCGGUGCGCCCAUGUUCGAUCGCAUAGACGGCUGUGAAUAUGUGUUCAUCUGGAGAACAUCAGAGGCCUGUCCGAUCAAAAGAGUGCAAGGUGAUAACUGUAAAGUCAAUGAUCCGAAGAGUGGUUAUGAGUACAAUCUGACACCACUGGCUGGACAGGACUAUGAAGUGAAGGGUUUGCAUUAUGAGUAUCAUUUAGCAGUAUGCGGACCAAUUAAAAGCACCGUCUGCCCGCAUGGCGCCGAUAAACCCGUGUCCUCCUGUCAGGUAGAAGAUCAGAAACACAGAAUUACAGGGCUGGCCAAUCAAAACCUCACCUUUGAUGACGGGAUCAUCAUGAUCAACUACACGCACGGAGAAACCUGUCACAAGAUCUACGAGCGAUCCACGGCCAUUCUCUUCUCUUGCGACCACAGCAAGAAUCCUGGGAAGCCAGAGUUUAUUCGGGAGACGGCAGACUGCACGUAUCUGUUCGACUGGCACAGUGCUUUGGCCUGCCCUUCGUUCAAAACCACAACCUGUUCAUAUAAUGAUGGAAACGGACACUCUUAUGAUUUAUCCUCAUUGGCCCUGCACAAAUCUAAUUGGAUGGUCGUGCCUGAAGAGACCAAUCAUGCGCAGCGAUAUUAUAUCAACGUGUGCAAGUCUCUGGUGCCACAGACUGGUUUGUGGAACUGCCCGUCCAGUGCAGCCGCCUGUCUGAAGGACGGAGACAAGUAUGUGAGUCUGGGUGAGGCAGAAACGGGUCCACAGUUGGACAAAAACACUCUGGUCCUGAAGUACACAAACGGACAAGCCUGCGCAGACGGCAAGAGAAACAGAAGCACCAUCAUUCGCUUCAGCUGCGAUCCAGACAAAGUGGAUUCUGAACCCUCUCUGAACCCACCGCUGGAUGAUUGUGUGUCUAAUUUCGAGUGGUACACAUCUGCAGCAUGUCCUCUUUACAGCACUGAACACGGCGACUGUAAAGUGACCAAUCCAGCCACGGGUCAUCUGUUUGAUCUGAACGGCCUCAAUCGAGAUGGAGGAUAUAUAGUCUACGAUCCUUUGGCCCACAGGAAGAUGUUCAGAUUAAACGUCUGUGGAGAGAUACUGAACGUCGGAUGUGGUUCAGGAACAGGUGUGUGCAUCAAGGAAACACAGACAGCAACGAGUGCUGGAAAAGCCUCCGGGAAGCUGGUGUAUAGGGAUCAGGUGGUGGAGCUCACCUAUGAGAGCGGAGACGUGUGUGCCGCCAGCCCCUCCCUCAAACACAAGAGCAUCUUCAGCUUCGUCUGCAAGCCGGAGGGAGGAGGGACCGAUGGUCCCGUGUUGGUGUACUCUGAUGACAACACAUGCACUCAUUUCUUCUCCUGGCACACCCCGCUGGUCUGCGAACAACAGGUGAAAUGCUCGGUUUGGAACGGCACCAACCAGAUUGACCUGAGUCCUCUGAUACAUCUCACUGGUUACUAUACUGCGAUAGAUGAUGAUGUGGACAAAGAAAAGUCUCCUGACUUCUUCAUCAACAUCUGCCAGUCCCUUAACCCCAUCCCAGGGGUCAACUGUCCACCAGGGGCCGCCGUGUGUAUGGACCCUGCUGAUGGAGACCCAGUUGACAUCGGGCGAAUCACAUCCCCUCCUCAGUACAACAAGGAAACCGAAGAGGUCACCAUCACAUUCAACAGCACAACCGUCUGCCCCUCAGACCCCACCUCCAACUAUUCCUCUAAAAUCAUUUUCACCUGUCAGAAAGGUGCAGAGCUGGGCUCUCCUCAGAUGAUUCGGGCUCAGGAGUGCAUGUAUGUUUUCGAGUGGGCCACUCCUGUGGUGUGUCCCGAAGCCGUCACUCGACAGGGCUGUAGCCUCACCGUCUCCCAGUUGCAGUACACCUUUGACCUCUCGAAGCUGUCAGGGGUCGUUCAGGUUCCUGAAAGUUCUUAUAAGAUCAACGUAUGUGGCACUUUGACGGACAAAGCAUGCAAGGACAGCGCGGUGUGUCUGAUCUCCAGCGGCUCAGCGGCUUCGUAUGGAAACAGCAAAUUAAAGCACAUGAGCUACAGGAGAGAAGAGCAGGCGGUGAUGAUGCAGUACAGCGCUGGAGACCCCUGUCCUCAAGUGACGGAUAAGGAUGAAGUGUGCAUCUUCCCCUUUAAAUUCUUGAACAAGUCUUAUACUGAGUGCACUACUGAGGGCAGAACAAAUGGCAGGAAGUGGUGUUCCACAACAAGUGAUUUCAACAGAGAUAAGAAAUGGGGCUUCUGCUCUGAUGCACAGAGAGGAAAGAGGCAGUCGUCUAUUCUGUUCUCGUGUGACCGAACGGCCGGCCGUGGGACACCGCAGCUGACGAGCGAAACCCAGGGUUGCUCGGCCUCAUUCCAAUGGAGGACGAAUGUGGUGUGCCCACCGAAGAAGAUGGCUUGCAAGUUUGCCGCACAACACCAGACGUACUACCUGCAGACCCUCUCCUCUCUCACCGAGCCGUGGAAAUUCCGCCAUAAUGAUGAAUCGUGGUAUUUUAAUCUGUGCCAGUCGAUUAACGGUGGGCUUGCCAGCUGCCCGGAGGAUGCCAGCGUGUGUCGCAAGCUUCACAACGGGAAAACAGAGACUCUGGGUCGCGUGUACACACAGACGAUGGAGACCAUUAACGACGGAAGGAUUCUUGUGAAUUAUUCCAUGGGAGACGAUGUGUGUGGAAGUCAUCGGCCAGCCAAAACUAUCAUACAGCUGAAGUGCGGGAGCACAUUGGGCCGUCCCAAAUUUCUGCGGGAGGAUAAAGCAGCGUGUGAGUUUUGGUUGGAGUGGGAGACUAGUGCCGCUUGUGCUGUGAAGCAAAUGGAGGUGGAGAUGGUCAACGGAACCAUCAAAGUAGCCGAGACAGGAGCCACGUUCAGCCUGGGUGCACUGUAUUAUCGUUUACACAACGCCACAGGAGACAUUCGGCCCAACGGAGACCGUUAUAUCUACCAAAUCCAACUGUCAGGGAUCACAGACGGCUCCAUUUCAAAGUGCCUCGGUGCCAAUAUCUGUCAGGUGAAGAUUAAUGACAGCUACCGCAGAAAAAUCGGUUCCACCAACAAAGCCAAGUAUUAUCUUAAAGGUGGAAAUCUUGAUGUCCUCGUACCCUCUGAAUCUACAUGUGGCCGUGACAAAACCAAGACGGUGUCCUCGACCAUCCUGUUCGACUGCAGCCCUACAGCAGGAGAGGGUAUCCCAGAAUUCCUGCUCGAGACAGACGGCUGCCAAUAUCUGUUUGUUUGGCACACGUCCACUGUUUGUGACUUUUUUUCAUCCAGCUCCAAGGACCAGCACAUUAAUGAUGGAGGGGAGGAUCAUGAUGGCUUGUCUGGGAGGAGUCAGGCUUUGGGGUCGGUACUUAGUUUGCUGCUGAUUGUGGUCACAAUCUGUUUGAUUGUUCUGCUACUGCACAAUCGGGACAGAAGGCAAUAUGUUAUUCAGAAAGUGUCCAGCUGCUGCAAGAAAGGAAAUCCAGUGUCUUACAAAUAUUCCAGGGUAAACGUGGAUGAAGAUGGAUGCGAAGAUGAAAUGGAAUGGCUGAUGGAAGAAACGGAGACCCCCACACGGGAGCCGCAGCAGAACGGUCACAUCACAACCAAACCUGUGAGCGCCGAUGCUCUGCGAUCAUUCUCCCUAGAUGAGCAGGACAGCGAAGAGGAGGUGCUCACGGUCCCGGGGGUCCGAGUGGCCCAGCAUUCGUCUUCACGCCUGCAGUCGGCUUUGCUCAAAGCGGAGAGCGACGAAGACCUGGUCGGACUGCUGGAUGACACGAUGAGCAGGAACAAGAUGAAACGCAGCGGUAGAAGCCAGAGGAAGCCACAGCCAGACCCUGAUGACAGCGACGAGGAUCUACUGAAAGUCUGAGGGCGCCGGGCAGCCCGACUGAACUUUUGAAUGUCUGCCACCAUGCGUUCGGUUGCUCCAUUUCUAAAGGGAAAUUUAUUUAUCAAAAGCAGAUGGUUGAUUCGUCCACGAAUUGGAGUCAAUGCCUUUCUGACAAAACCUCGUUUUUGUCAUUUAAUUGUUAAUUUGCGUUUGUUUUUCAGUUGGUUGAGAUGAAUGAUGUACAGAGUUGUUCAAUGUGAAUUCAUUCGUCCUCCCACAAAGGUACUAUGUGGACUUUUUUAUUGUUAUUUAAAGAUUUUGGCAACUGUUGUUAUUUUUUUCACCAGCUCACUGGACAGAUACACUGUUUUAUCAGAUUUUGAUUGUGGUAGGAUGAAGACCUGUGUAAACACAAUCUGAAGCAGUAUUUCACAUAUCUUGAGCCUUGUAGCAGCAAGAGGAGAUUGAUUCGCUUUGCAAGUUCAUAUUCGCAUCAAAUCUGCAAAUCUGCAAAUCUACAAAUCGCCACGUUCCGGUUUUGCAUUCUGCAUCGACGCAUUCUUUACGCAAACCUUUGUCUAAAGGAAAUCAUCCGUGUCUUUUGCAAUGGUUUAACCCCCUUUGCUUAAAGCAUUACAAAAAGAAAUGACAUUGCAUGUUCCUUUACCAUCACCUUUUCUCGGCACAAUUGAAGAGAAAUGUUUUUCGGCACUAUGUGGUAGUUAGUUCAGAUUUGUUUAACUUUAUCAUUUAGUUGUUUUUCUUGAAUAAAUAAAUCAGUGCCUAUGAAAAAAUCGCAUCAAUUUAAAUGCAGGAGAUGCUUCUCAAGCACUUUUGCACUUGCACGAAGAGUCAUUUUAUCACCGCUUUAUGACAUUAUUAUCUGGCUGAAAUGCAUUCAUGUUCACAUUAGCCGAACGCAACUGAAUCUGUAUGUCCGAGUCUUUUAUUAACGCAGACAAAUGUCUAUUUUAUUUGCUGAAUGUUUUGUUAAGUUUAUGCUGAAUCAGUUUUAACAUGUAGAGAGAUGUGUAACUUUGCAAGAGUCAGUCGGCGGGCAUUGAAGGCUCUCGGAAAAUGAUUUGCCAAAGCAAGGAACGAGACAUUAUUCACUCGACAUGCAUUACUCAGGUUGUCUUUUGAAUGAUGAGAAGGCUUGUAUUUCCACCCAUCAGUGUAUUCCUCACAUACAUGGUUGCCAAAUAUACCCACACCAGUUCUGUGUUUGUCCACUGCUUAUGAGAAGGUUUUGUCUUUUGCACUUUGGUGGGCUUGAUUUUAUCCGUCCUAUAGAGGUGGAUAAAAUCAAGCUAAAUAUUGGUCUUGACGGGUUUAUUUAAUGAAAAUGUCUACAAAUGCUGUAUGGGUUAUCAUAUGGUAUGAGUCUCUAGAACUGAUUUGAAGGUAUUUUUCUUGUUUUACAGCAUUUGGUUUUGAUAUUUAAUAAGGCUGUGCUGAGAUAUCAUGUCAUUUGGUUUGAAUAAAACGAUCAGCUCCUCAGCAUGA